AUGACUCAGCUGCUGAGCAAUAUCAAAGGCAUUAUCAAUGCUUUCUACGUGUCCGCAAAGAAGGAUGGCGCCUGCCCCACGCUGAGCAAGGGGGAGCUGAGGCAGCUCAUCUGCCAGGAGUUUGCUGAUGUGACCGUGGUCCCCCCGGGUCUCCAGACCAUAGACAAGAUGCUGCAGCCGCUGGACACUGACAGUGAUGGCAGACUUGACUUCAACGGGUUUCUUGUGCUGGUGUUCCAGGUGGCCAAGGCCUGUUACAGGGAAGUAAGCCAGGGUCAGCAACCAGGCCACGGUGAACGCUCAGCAUCCCCGGGAGAAGCAAAGUGUGGGGAGCACACACAGGAGCCUCAGACACCAGAGCGAGACCCGACCCCACGUCAGGCUCCGGAGUUCCAGAUUUCAGAACGGGACCCGAGCCCCCAUCAGGCCCCCGAGCCUCAAACACCAGAGCACGACCCGAGCCCCCAUCAGGCCCUGAAGCCUCAAACGCCAGAGCGGGACCCAAGCCCCCAUCAAGUACUGGAACCCCAGAAACCGGAGCAGGACCUGAGCCCCCGUCAGGCCCUGGAGCCUCCAACACCAGAGAGGGACCUGAGCCCACGUCAGGCUCCGGAGUUCCAGAUUUCAGAGCAGGACCCAAGCCCCCAUCAGGCCCCCAAGCCUCAAACACCAGAGCAGGACCCAAGUCCCCGUCAGGCUCUGGAGCCUCAAAUGUCAGAGUGGGACCCAAGUCCCCGUCAGGCCCCAGAGCCCCAGAAACCAGAGCAGAACCCGAGCUCCCAUCAGGCUCCCGAGCCUCAAACACCAAAGCAGGAUUCGAGUCCCCGUCAGACCCCGGAGCCUCAAACACCAGAGAGGGACCUGAGCCCACGUCAGGCUCUGGAGUUCCAGAUUUCAGAGCAGGACCCAAGCCCCCAUCAGGCCCCCAAGCCUCAAACACCAGAGCAGGACCCGAGUCCCCGUCAGGCCCUAGAGCCUCAAAUGUCAGAGUGGGACCCAAGUCCCCGUCAGGCCCCAGAGCCCCAGAAACCGGAGCAGGACCCGAGCUCCCAUCAGGCCCCCGAGCCUCAAACACCAAAGCAGGAUUCAAGUCCCUGUCAGGCCCCGGAGCCCCAGACACCAGAGCAAGACCCAAGCCCCCAUCAAGUGCGGGAACCCCAGACACAAGAGCAGGACCCGAGCCUCUGUCAGGCCCCGGAGCCUCAAACGCCAGAGCAGGACUCAAGUCCCCGUCAGGCCUCAGAGCCCCAGAUACCAGAGCAGAACCCAAGCCCCCACCAGGACCUGGAGCCCCAGACACCAGAGCAGGACCUGAACCAUAGUGAGACAGAACUUCCACCAACACAGCAGCGAAACCAAGGUGUUCAGGACCCAAGAGAACCUGCUGCAGGACAAGCCUCUAAAUCAUCUCAGUGCCUGUACUCCUGGCAUUAUCAGAAACCACUACCCUUUCCUCACUGGUGGCCACCGAAGAAGUAA